AUGAAGUUCACUGCCUUCUUUUUUGUUGUAUUGGCAAUGCUGGCGCUCUUCGUCGGAAAUAGUCACGCUGCCCCCAAGAUACCUGUCAAGAAAAUCGGCAAAGCGAUCAAAACCGGACUAGGCGUUCUCAGUGCUGCAGGUACAGCUCAUGAAGUAUACGAAAAUGUAAAGAACAGGGGAUAA